AGCCAAUAAUUAAGACAUACGUCAAUCUUCAGCAGAUCUACUACAAUACAUACAGCAGUACAUACAGUACCUCCUAUGUGGUUUUGAAGAAGGUAGUGUUUUGGUCUCGGCCAGUGAAUUAAACUCGGGCCAACCAGGCUAAUCCAUGUUGUCUGCUAAUUAGUAGUAUUCUAGUAUAUUCCCCGUUCGCGCACGGGAACGGAACUCUCGAGGCGCCAACUGCGAGUCGAGAAAUACCUUAUAUGAACCUGCUUGACCGGCGUGGGUAGGUCUAUGUUGAGAAAGUGGCCUCGGAAAAUACCAACAACUAACUAUAGCCUACCUACCCACCUACCUAAUUGAACUGGACGAAUGGUAAUCUAGUAACUUAUUAGCAUCAUGGCUACCACGCGAACCCUCCAGCCGAAUUACAUCGUGAAGUUCGACCUGUUACCCAGGGAAAUCACAAACCCACCCAUCUCCCGCACUCUCUCCUGUCCUGCGGAGGCUACCUUCUACCAACUCCACAAGGCCCUACAAAUCGCUUUCGGCUGGGCGACUACUCACUGUUUCGAGUUCGAGGCUUCCCGCCCGCGCCCGCGCCCACCACUCCCGCUCCAUCCUAGGCUCCAGCAACAACCGAGCCACCCCCUCCCCCCUCCCCCUGCUGCUGAAGCCGAAGCUGAUCUCCCACCGGCCCCGCCGCUCCGCGUCGUCGACCCGGACGAAGAGCCCCUAGACUUCGAGCCCAACAUGCCGGGGUUCCCGCAGCCGCCAAAUCCGACGGAGAAGAAGGCCAACCGGUUCAAGCUGCGGCAGUUCUUCGAGGACCCCGCGUACGCGGGGUACGAGAUGGUGUACAGCUACGACUUCGGGGACGGGUGGGAGCACGAGAUGGCGCUUCUGGGGACGCACGUCGAGGACGACGGCGGCGGCAACAACAAUGCCUCCGCCGACGCUAACGCUAACGCUAACGCCGUCACGACGAAUCACUUCGUGUGCGUCGGCGGCACGGGCCACCCGGCGGCCGAGGACGCGGGCGGGUCCUUCGGGUGGGAGAAGCUGAAGGAGGCGUACGGCGCGGGGCGGCCGGACGCGGAGCAGCGGUACCUGCGGCGCUGGUUCGAGAAGAUGUGCAGCAACGGGAGCGCGCGCGGGCUGGCGGGGGCGAGGGUCGACGAGUGGCACCGCGAGGGGGUUAACCAGGUGCUUGCGGGGAUGAAGAUACUGAAGAACUUUGAUCGGCUGAGACGGGAACAGCAGCAGCAGCAGGAGGAGGGGGAGGGGGAGGGGGAGGAUGAGGAUGAGGAAGGAGAGGUGGAUGUUAAUUACUUGGUCUAGGUAAGGUUCCUUUGACCUAGACAGUGUAUGGAGGGAUGGAUGGAACGGUCGGGAUUUGGCUUUUAGACUAGUACUUACCUACCUCUAAUAAGUUCCGUGGGGUCCGAACCUAUUUUGUAACAUGUACGGUUUAUGGGAGUUGGCGAUGGGCGAUGGGCGAUGGGAAAAGUUGAUUUGAUUUACCUACCUUAGAUACAUAUAAGACGUAUCUAACCUAGCUUGAUUAAUUACUAAUGUGCUUCAUA